AUGGCUCCAGAGAAGAAGGCCAACAAGCGCAAAGCGGCCGUGACGGCUACCUCUGCUCCUACGAUGAGCCAACAACCACCGUCAAAAAAAUCCAAGAAAACACAAGAAAAGCCUGCGAAAUUCCAGGUGGCCGAAGUGAAGAUAUCUGACUCGAAGCUUGUAAAAGAAAAUGGCGUGGUCAACGGUGCCAAACCCGAGAAAUUGCCUGUCAAGUUAGACAAGAAGCCCGCGAAGGAGGUGAAGCCCCGCAAACGCGCAGCCGACUUCUUAAGUGAUGAUGAAGAUAUCUCCGAGAAUGAGGUAGAAUAUAAGCCUGAGGUUAAAAAGGAACCGCAGCCAAAGAAGAAAGUUAAAUCUGAGAAGCCUGCUGCCGGCUCUAUGUCAAAGGAUAAAGGCUCUACUGCUGCGGAGAAGACGAAGAAAGCAAAAGCCAAAAGCAAGGAGGCUGAAAAGCCAGCCAAAGAGCCGUCUCCCUCCGAGUUAGAUGCAGAUUCAGACGUCUCUGAAGAUGACCAAACUCUAGCUUUGAUUCGGGGAUUCGAAAGCAGCGGAGAAUCAGAUGUCUCAGAGGAUGAAGGUUUUGAGCCUGGUCAAGAGGUCCCAAAGAUCCCUGACUCUAAGAAGGCGAUGAAGGCGAUUCGACGGAAGAAGAAGGAAAACCCAGAGCCAGAAGAACCUGGCACCGUAUACGUUGGACGAAUUCCACACGGUUUCUAUGAAGAUGAGAUGCGCGCAUACUUCUCCCAAUUUGGAGACAUCUCCCGUCUACGUCUCUCCCGCAAUCGUACAACUGGAAAAUCGAAACACUAUGCCUUCGUCGAGUUCACAUCCACGUCUGUCGCCAAGAUUGUUGCAGCCGCUAUGCAGAACUACCUUAUGUUCGGCCACAUCUUGAAAUGCAAGUACAUACCCAAUGACAAGGUCCACCCGGAGAUGUGGAAGGGAGCAAAUCGCCGAUUCAAGAAGACACCAUGGAACCAGAUUGAAAAGCGGCGACUCGAGGCUGGAAAGUCACGCGAUCAGUGGUCAAAGGCCAUUUCCAAAGAGUCCUCGAAACGGGCUAAGAAGGCCGAAAAGAUGAAAGCUCUGGGCUACGAGUAUGAUAUCCCUCAAUUGAAAUCUGUGGAAGAUGUUCCUGUUGCCCCUACAGUUCAGAACCAGAUUGAGGAGGGCUCCAUGUCUCCUAUCGCUGCUAUUGAGGACAAGAAGGAAGAAACUCCGAAGAAGCAAGAGCCAAAAAGCAAAGAUGAAGUUGCGGAGGAAAAUACUGCGGCUACUAAAACUUCAUCAAACGGCAAGGCAAAGAAAGUGAAAACCAGCGACGUUGAGCCCGCUGAAGCCGUGAAGUUGUUGUCCGCAGGGAAGAAGGAGGCAAAGAAGUCCAAGAAGAAGGCCCAGGCUGACACUUCUGCGGAUCCUGAGAAGCCCGCUAAAGACCAGAAGCAGUCGAAGAAUGCCUCAAAGACCAAGAAAUUGGAGGAAAAGCCAAAGAAAAGCAGGCCCAUGACCAAGGAACCAACCAGCCGCAGCGGCUUCCGGGCUCGAGCUCAACCUUCAUAA